GAGGACGAAGAAACGGCAUGAAGUUGUUGUGCGUUGAAUGUGUGUUCAAAACAUGUCAAAUGCAGGCAUCGUUUUAAAAAUGGACGACGUUAAAUGGUCAUAGUUUCCCUGAUUUGUGAAUUUGUUGAAUUAUGUGCAUGGCUUUCUGAUCUCUGAUCAAGCAUCGGGAUGGCAGAUAGGAACGAGAAGGUGCUCGUUGAGCUGCUGAAACAUGCUGGGAACAACGUGUGCGCCGAUUGCGGCAGCAAAAAUCCCGAAUAUGCUUCCUACAAUAUUGGUAUAUUCAUAUGCACUAGAUGUUCAGGUGUGCACCGCAGCAUGGGUGUGCACAUCAGCAAGGUGAAGCAUCUGAAGUUGGACAGGUGGGAGGAUUCCCAAGUGGAACGCAUGAAGGAGGUGGGCAACAAUGCUGCAAGGCAGAAGUAUGAGGAGAGGGUGCCACCCUGCUACAGGAGACCAAAAGAAAAUGACCCACAGGUGUUGAUUGAACAGUGGAUUAAGGCCAAAUAUGAGAGGGAAGAGUUCAGUCAUCCAGAAAGACAGUGUUACAUAAGUGGCUCGAUGCAGGGAUUCCUGAUGAAGAGAGGUAAGGAGGACAGCAGGUAUCAUCCAAGGAAGUUCGUGCUGUCCGAGUCCGAUGAUACGCUAAAGUACUUCGUGCGGGAGAACCGCGAUCCAAAGGCUAUACUGCGCGUUUCGGAGAUCAACGUCGUCUUCGCUCCGGAGAAGAUAGAUUAUCCGUCUUCGCUGCAGAUCACGUUCCUGAAGGACGGUACGACGAGACACAUCUACCUGUACCACGACGAUCCAGAGGUGAUCACGAAUUGGUACAUGGCAAUAAGAUGCGCGAAGCUGCACCGGUUGCAGGUCGCGUAUCCAGCCUGCAGCGAGUCCGAGCUCGUAGGUUAUUUGGCCGAGGACUUUUCCAAGGAGGGCUGGUUAUGGAAGACCGGUCCCCGACCUACCGACGGUUUCAAAAAGCGCUGGUUCACUUUAGACAAUAGGAAACUUAUGUAUCACGACGAACCGUUAGAUGCACAUCCAAAGGGAGAAAUAUUUAUUGGACACGCCUUAGAUGGUUAUGGAGUAAGAAUAGGCGUGUCGGCGGGAGUGAAGGAGCACCAAGGUUUCACGUUCACUUUAACCACGCCCGAAAGGGCGUAUAAUCUGUCGGCGAGCUCCGAGAACGAUCGGGAUCAGUGGAUCCAGGUCAUCGAGAGGGUCAUAGAGCGACAGAUGACGCCCCAAGAUAAUUUAAAAUUCUUUGCAGUAUCCGCGCGGCUGAUCAGGAAAAGGGCGAACACCAACUCGAUAAAUAUGUUCUUACCGAGGUAGUCGUCGCAUGACAGACAUAUCACUCUUUUCCAAAAAGUAAACUAAAAACACACCCAAUAAAAGAAUCAUCAUCACUUCUCGCCUAGUCCCACUUCUCCGACGCCACCCACUUUCCACAACCAACCUCCGUCAUAAAACUAUCAAAACAUCGGCAACAGCAAGACAAGAAAAAAAAAACUAUUAUAAUUAAUAAUAUUAUUACACUAAAAUCGUCUUCAUUAUUUAGUUUUUGUUUAAAUACUCAAUCAUUUUAUCAUAUACUGUACUAUAUAAGAAUAAACAAUACGAAAACCAAAA